CCGACCCUACAGAUCUCGGUUUCGUCUGCGAUAGCGAAUCUUUUCAACCUUCAAGCACGUUCGGCUAUCAACAUUGUCGCGGUAUCCAAGUCACUUGUCUCGGCUGAUUAUGUCGAGCUUUUCUUUCGCGACCAGUAUAUUUCCAGAUCCGACAUGUACCGCCUCUCACGAUCCCUCCUCAACACGACAAUCCACACGAACCAGAGCGUAUCCUCACAGACCUCGAUCCGAACAUCCAUCAAAAGCAUCUACGUCAAAGGGGAAAUCAUGGACAGCGCAUAUGUCACAGAACAUACAAAACCGAUUUUCCGUAGUGAGUCUGCACGGUACAGCAUCUUUAUCCAGAUGAGUCGCGAGAUGUGGGAGUUUGAGGAGGAUGGUGAAGUCUUGUAUGGAAAGGCUGUGGAUGGUUUCUUGCCGCAGUUAUUCAAGAGAUGGAAGAGUAUUGGUGCGCAUCAUCUGGUCUCUAUCGUGUUGUUUACACGAGUAAUCUAUGAUCAUGCGCCUCUGUGUAUGAUACGGAGACCCAUGGAUUCGGGAGAUGGCCGACCAGAUUGGCGUACUGCAGGCGGAUGGCACGAACAGCGACAUAAGGGCUAUUCGGAUUUCUUCCGUGUCGUUGUUGAUAACGUGAGCAGUGAUAAUUGGGCAGCAGCUCUGGCAGAACUGAAAAAGCAGUUUCACACAUUCCCGGCCGAAGUUUUGACACAAACGCUACCGGAUGGGUCGUCCAUGAUCUUGGGGCGGAUGUCGUAUGCGCUCCAGGGACCGAUAUUGGAGGCGAUCAAUGUUGCUGCGUAUCAGUUUACGCGGGAUUAUGUUGACCGUGAUUUACUGCGUACUGGUAUCAGUUUGGUUAUCGUCAGUCCCGGUACUGGCCAGUUUGAGGUUGACGGUGAUAUGCUACGGUUGACAACAGAGACGCUUGCGCAGAAUGGAAUCGCUAUUGAUUUGGUGUGUGUGAGCAAGAUGCCUUUACACAGCGUACCGUUGUUCAAAUACAAGGCACCAGAUGAUGAGGAGGGAGACGCGAAAGAUGACAAGGAUCAAAAGGGAGGAGUGGUGAUUGGCAGCUUCACAGCACAGAGUUACAUGAGUACGACGAGCACACUACGCUCGCUUCCCUUCCAGACAAACAAGAGGUUGUUUGCUAUGCCUAGAUGGUGCGAUAUCUCCUUCUGGUCAAGGGAUAAUUCGACAGCGACGCUUGCAAACAUAGGUCUUCCCCGACACCUGCGUGGAAGGAGGACCGAGUUUGUGCCAAGAUGUAAGAUGCAUGAGCUACAGAUGAUGGGAAUUAUGGAGAACGAGUUGUCGAGUAUUGCUAUUGCAUAUUUGCAUGAAGAUCGGCUGUGGAAAGAAUCGCAGAUGGGGGUCACGUUUGAGGGUGAGGAUGACGAACACAAGAAGAGAAGGAAAAAGGCAUUUAUGGACUUGUAUGAUGACCUUGCGUUCAGACCGGUUGAAGCUGCGGAAAAGGUUCUGGAGAAAGUUCGAAAGAGGACAGAGAAAGACCAGAAGCGGGAAGACGAUCUAUUGAGGAAAGCGGAUGCAGAAGAUGAGUUGUCGUUCGGUACGAGUUUUAGGCAUUCGGAGGCCGUGAAACAAGCGAAGAAGGACAAGAGAUGGGAGGUCGUGCUGGAAGAGCGGAGACAGAGACGAAAGCGGAGCAAGGCACAGCUGAAGACGCCGUUGACUUUGACUGGUGACCCAACGUUUGCUGCACCUCGACUAUCGUCGAUGCAUGUGCCAUUACCUAGUCCGUUGAGAAGUCCGGGACUCUCCAGCGAAGACGACACAGACCCAGGGAGUGAAGACGCGUCACCAAUCGGUGGAGAACCGUAUCCUACAGUGUUCUCGAAGCCCAGGGGAACAAGCCCGCAAAGGCCCAGGCUGACCCGACAAAUAUCAAAGAUCAGGCCUGCUCCUAGUUUGCUCAGUUUGUCGACGGCGAUAGCUACAGCUGCGACGGCCACAGUGACUGCGUCUCCUGCUAGUAGUGCGAGCGACACGAUCUUCUCUCGACGGUUUAAGUCGCCGAGCACAACGCCUAAGGGCACGUUGCAAGUGACCAACCGAGGCUCAUCAGUCCAGCCGAUCAUCAUAAAGGAGGCCUUGGCAAAGUCAGCCGCAAAGUAUCUUCAGAGCAAUGCCAACAAUGCCGACAGACUGAUUUCACCAGCAAGAUCACUGAGUCGAAGAGCUGCUGCUGGUGGUAUAGGUGGUUUAGCCAUGAGGAGGGAGCGAUCAGGUAGUCCGGCACCGCCGCUCAAACCAGCCGACAAAAAUGUUGCGAAAUUGGUUCAUGACCCAUGGCAGAAGAUCGUGAACCCCUCGAACCCGAGCAAGAAUGUACUGACACUCAACUCGCACUGGCGAAGGUGGCAACAUGUUUUCCCACGUCCGCUGAGUGUAGCGAGUGUGAAGUGGAAGUCAAUGUGUACACCGGCCUCGUUACCGCUGACAACAGAGUACUUUCCUUCUGAUGAAGAACUGAAGAAUGAGUUCCGAGAGUACACUUAUGUCAUCACCAUUGAUCCGGAUGAAGACAUGAACCAAAGGGAUUUGAUGACGGAGAUGAUUACGGUCCGUUUGAGUCAGGGCUUUCAGAUCGUGGUGACUGUUGCUGCCGCAAACCAGAACCAACAGCCAACUAGGGAGUUCAUGGUAGGGAUGACCGAAGGACCGCUUAGUGAACUUGGGUCGGUUGUUUAUUUGUCGAUGGGCAAUCACAUUCAUCGCAUCACCGCAGAGUCCUCCGGGUAUAACAUCGAGGUGAAGCGAUAUGUACGUGCAGCUGCGGACGUGCCUGAUGUGAGCUAUCAUUGCAACAUUGCACACGUCUUCGACUCCACGUACACAUCCGCAGACGUCGAUUUCCGAUACCCCAAGGCUGACAUGUACAACUGGAAUUACGUGGACCAGUUGUUAGCUGGCUAUGAGGAUCGUCUGACAGACGCUGCGCGAUAUUGGCGUGCUCGGUUCGUCCUUAUUCCCUUUGAUCCUCCGAAGAAUGCUGGUAUCGGCCCACAAAACACUGAAGAGCUCAACGACGAGGAGUUGCAUCUUGCUGGCAUUUACAAACUUAGCGAGAUCUUCCAGAAAGGACAGUGGCUGGCUCCUGAGGAACGUCGUACUCAGAAAGCAAAGAAGGUCAAGGAUGUUAAUGUCCUUGAUCUUGUAUUCACUACGCUUGAUCCGCAGGUUUUCGUCCGACAAGAGUUGGAAACUCUACUUAGCGGUGAUGUGACGACCCUAUCUAGAAAGCCGGCCCUGCUCAUCGGCUCUGAGCGAUUAAAGAAGGAGAACAUGUCAUUAUCCACCCUCGCACAAGAAAUGCAAGGAGAAAAGGGCAUCCGAAUGCAGGAUAGGCGCUGGCAUUUCAGAACAUACGAGAAUGUCUUCAUCGGAAGCGACUUCGUCAAUUGGCUGUUGCAAAACUUCAUCGACGUUCACACCCGAGAAGAGGCGGUGGAAUACGGGAACGAGCUACAAACAGCCGGCCUGUUCGAGCACUGUGAGAAACGCCAUCAGUUUCUUGACGGUCACUACUUCUACCACCUUCGAUCGGAAUACGCCAAAUCAAAACCAAGCAAAGGAUGGUUCGGUCUGCGCAAAGCCCCUUCUACGGUGAGCACGCCAGUUUCAGAGCGUCCUCCCCCCCUUUUCAAAUUCCAGACAACUGACGUGGUUCCGUCUCAGUCAAGCCUCGGUGGUAUGUUUGGUGAGUCUUCCGGUAAGGGCGUUACGAGUUCUCCAGCGCCCGUGCGCAUCAAACCGAGGAUCGAUUUGUCUACCAUUAUGCGGUACGAUGUGGAUCCGCAGCGCAAGUCUUUUAGACCUGAGAUUGUUACGUUGCAUUACGACCGCAUAGUGAACCCUGAGAACUGUUACCACGUUCGCCUGGAGUGGCUAAACGUCACAUCGAAGCUUAUCGAAGAUACAUUGCAGAUGUGGGCCAGGACAGCUGAGAAGUACGGACUGCGUCUCGUGGAAGCCCCAUUAACGGAAAUUUCCUCGGUCACCAGUCUUAACCCAUUGCAGACGGCGUUGAAGAUCAAGCUCGCUCUCGAUCCCCCCUCAAUCCCGCAGGAGCUCGGCCAACAGCCAGGAACGCCAGGCUCAGACGUCUCAGUGAUCGAACCGAUGUUCUACCAAAUCCAACUCCUAAAACACUUCGGAUUCAUCCUCGACCACGUCUCAGCCUCCUCCUUCCCCGCAAACGUCGACGUCCGAUAUUCCUGGGGCAAACCCUCCUACAAAUACUGCCAAUACAUCCACCGCUCCGGUAUCGCGUUCACCCAAAUCGACGACGACGGCCAAAUAUACUGGCUCACGAACCGUAUUUUCGCAUCUCGACAAGCGAGUGGGGAUAGACGUGCCUUGGCAGGCUCUCCGGAUCCGGAUCAGUUGCGGAAUGAGUUUCUGGCGUUCGUGGGGGAUUCGGAGAAGUUGUCGGCGUUUUAUGAUGAGGCUAGUGUGAAGCUUUGGCAGAGGUCAAGUCGAAGGGGGAGUGGGGAUACGAUGAUUACGGUUAAUGAUCCUAGUCCGGAGAUUAAGUUCAGUGGGAGUUUGAGCAGUGCUGCGAUAUUGCCUGGGUUGAGCGAGAGAAGGGGGAGUGGAAGUGUCAAGAGCAUGUUUGGGUUCAUUGCCGAGGAUUUACCUUGA